GAAGAACCACCACCAACCCUUCUUGACGAGAACAGAGAAGACUCCCAUUUACUCAAACACAUUGAAAAGGAGCUAGCGAAAGAGAGAAGCCCCAUUUUCCCCAUUUUCUUGCCUUCUCUGCAAGCCCACCUCAAUCGCAUCUAGAAGCAGAAUAAUCCUCAAUUCUUGAAUACCCAUUUCUUCAAACCCUAGCCCAUAUUGAAAUCCUGUGCCUUUUUUCAAGAAACUAGAAUCUGUGGCUUCCCAGAGGUAAUGUUAAAAAAAAUGUCGCAUCUUGACGACAUUCCUUCGACUCCUGGCAAAUUCAAGAUGGAAAAGUCACCGUACAUUCACAACAGACUCAGGUGGCAAUCCUCCAUUGCCAAGCUUACAUUUUGGUCCUUUAUCUUCCUGGGCCUGAUCUUGGUCUUCUUCUUUCGAUCUCCGUCUUCCAACCCCCUUCCUCAAGAUCCUUCUCGCCGCUCCCUCCGAACCGACAAUUGGGGCGGAUCCGCUUGGGAGAAGCGGGUACGGUCUUCUGCGCGGGUCCGGUCGAGAAACGGCAUCUCUGUGUUGGUUACGGGAGCCGCCGGUUUCGUUGGCACCCACGUGUCGGUGGCUCUGAAAAGACGCGGAGACGGUGUUCUUGGGCUUGACAAUUUCAAUGACUAUUAUGACCCUUCAUUGAAGAGAGCUCGGCGAGCUCUUUUGGAACGUUCUGGAGUGUUCAUUGUGGAAGGGGAUAUCAAUGAUUCGGCUCUUUUGAAGAAACUUUUUGAGGUUGUGGCGUUUACCCAUGUGAUGCAUUUGGCUGCUCAAGCAGGGGUCAGGUAUGCCAUGGAAAAUCCAAGCUCUUAUGUUCAUAGCAAUAUUGCUGGACUUGUUAGUUUGCUUGAAGUUUGUAAGUCUGCUAACCCACAGCCUGCAAUUGUGUGGGCAUCUUCGAGUUCAGUUUACGGGCUUAAUACAAAAGUUCCUUUCUCAGAGAGAGACAGGACUGAUCAGCCUGCUAGUUUAUAUGCUGCAACUAAGAAAGCUGGUGAAGAGAUUGCACACACUUAUAAUCACAUAUAUGGACUUUCUCUUACUGGAUUGAGGUUUUUCACUGUUUAUGGUCCUUGGGGGAGGCCAGAUAUGGCAUAUUUCUUUUUUACUAGAGAUAUUUUGAAAGGAAAAUCUAUUCCCAUUUUUGAGGCAGCCAAUCAUGGCACGGUGGCCAGAGAUUUUACCUACAUUGAUGAUAUUGUGAAGGGGUGUUUGGCAGCAUUAGAUACUGCAGAGAAGAGUACAGGUAGUGGAGGGAAGAAGAAGGGGCCUGCUCAGUUGAGGGUAUAUAAUUUAGGGAAUACUUCACCUGUACCCGUUACACAGCUUGUGGACAUCUUGGAGAGGCUUUUGAAGAGGAAAGCUAAGAGGAAUAUUAUGAAGUUGCCACAGAAUGGGGAUGUUCAGUUCACUCAUGCUAAUAUUAGCUUGGCUCAAAGGGAGCUUAGCUAUAAGCCCACCACAGAUCUGCAGACAGGAUUAAAGAAAUUUGUCCGGUGGUACCUCGGUUACUAUUCUGGUGGAAAGAAAGCUGCUGGGUGAUACAUUCUUUCUGAAUUCUCGUUCAUUAUGAUUCUUAUCAUUGCUUUUAACAUUUGUCUGUUGAUUGCCCAAUUAUAGUCAUUUCAUAUAUAUCUUUAAUGAUAGUACAUAAGGAGGAAGAUGUUUCCUGCAUACAUUGAGGAAGUUUUGUGGUUUGCUGGGCAGUCUCAAGCUUGUAUCAAAAGAAACCAGAGCCUUGUUCCUCCCCUUCCCUUUUUCUUUCUCUGGAAUGUCAUUGUUGUAGUUUCAGCGUUGUAGAAUUCAUGACUGAUAUAUAGAGCAUAUGCUAAUUGGUGGACAUGUAUCAUUGCUAUGCAAUGCCAAUAAAAUAACACCUCAUAAUGUGUUUUUUUUUAAUGUACUCAUUUACCAGAUACAUCAAGCUGCUAUUGCCUAACAAUUUACCUUA